CAAUUAAAAUUUUGACAGAAAUUUCAAAUAUAUAUCUAGUGCCAAGUUUACGAAACGCCACAUCAAAAUUUUCUUGCCCGUUAAAAUACGAUCAUGCAGCGCAACAAAUUUUUAAAAGUGUUUGGGACAGUGAGGCGAGUGCGAAACAGCAGCACCUGGUGGCAGAAUGUGGAACAAGGUCCCCCGGACCCGAUUAUGGGAGUGGUGGAGGCGUUUAAAAAAGACAAAAACCCGAAGAAAGUGAAUCUCAGUGUCGGCGCGUACAGGACCGACGAAGGUAAGCCCUACGUGCUGCCGUGCGUCCGAAAGGCCGAAGCGUUGGUUAUCGACAAAAAGUUGGACAAGGAAUACGCGCCGAUCCAAGGUAUAGCGGAGUUCAACGAGCAAAGUGCGAAGUUGGCUUUUGGAUCGGAAAGCUAUAUAAUUCAACACGGCUUCAACGCCACGGUUCAAGGACUCUCCGGCACCGGAUCCCUUCGUAUGGGAGCCGCGUUCUUAGCGAGCUUCUUUCCCGGUCCGAAAGUUGUAUAUCUGCCGAAUCCGACGUGGGCCAACCAUACCCCUAUAUUUAAACAUUCAGGACUGGACCUUAAGACUUAUAAAUAUUACGAUCCGAACUCGUGUUCGCUAGAUUUUUGCGGCAUGAUGGAAGAUAUAAGUAAUAUUCCGCAGAAAUCCAUCAUUCUACUCCACGCCAUCGCCCACAAUCCCACCGGCGUGGAUCCUAGUCAGGAGCAAUGGAUGGAGAUCUCCGAAGCCAUAAAGAAGAAAAAUUUAUUGGUGUUCUUCGAUAUGGCUUAUCAAGGUUUUGUUAGCGGAGAUCUGGACGCGGACGCGGCGUCCGUCCGACUCUUCAUAGACGAGUGCCACCCGAUCCUUUUGGCUCAGAGCUUCGCCAAGAAUAUGGGUUUGUACGGGGAACGAGCCGGCGCGUUUACAGUCAUCACAGAUUCAAAGGAGGAAACUGCACGCGUCUUAUCGCAGUUAAAAAUCCUCAUCCGAGCCAUGUAUUCGAAUCCGCCAGUUCACGGUGCCCGAAUCGUGGCAGAAAUUUUGAAGAGCCCAGAGCUGACUUGCCAGUGGAAGGACGAGCUCAAAGGGAUGGCGGAUCGGAUAAUGGCGAUGAGAAAAAAACUGAAGCAGGGUUUGGAAAAGGAAGGCUCGACGAGGAACUGGGACCACAUCACGAACCAAAGGGGUAUGUUUUGCUUCACGGGCCUCAAGCCCGAGCAAGUCAAGAAGCUCACCGCCGAGUUUAGUAUUUACCUGACUAUGAACGGGCGGAUUUCGAUCGCCGGUGUAGGCAGCAAAAACGUCGAUUAUUUAGCGCACGCCAUUCACCAGGUGUCGAAAUGAACACUGGAGGGGAACCACGCUAGCUCUUGGAGUCGGCCACUCGAAACAUACUGUAAUGUCCAUCAAAAUUAAAACAUUUUUCUAAAUGGAAGUUUUCUUUACUCUUGCAUUGACCGAAACUUCUUUGGUCUUACAUUUUUUGGCGCCACACAAGCCUUGACAUGUUUAUGCAACUCUAGUGCUGCAUUAUUCAGUGUGAUCCAGGCGCUGCAAGACGCAACAGAUAAUUUUCUUCACGUGGAAAGAAGGCGUGAUAGCAUCAGAACUUAUUCAGCGUUUGCAAGUAGCAUUUGGUGCACUUUUCAAGAAGACAGGCGCUAGGAGUCAAGGCUGUUGAUACCAGAACAGAAACUCAAUACUGAUAAUGCAUCAAUUUCAAGUGAUGUCAGCCCGUUGUGGUGAUGAAUUUUGGCAACGCAUAAUAACUAUUGACUGAACGUGGAUCAAUUAUUUUAAUCCUGAGACUAACCGAAAGUAAAUGCAAGAAAUGAAGGCGCAUAUAGUUCUGUCUAUUGGAAAGGUAAUGCUUACUGUUUUCCGGGUUAUUCGAAUUUAUUAAAUUAAAAAAAAAAUAAUUUAUCAAAUGGACUCUGACGAUUUACGAUGGGAAUAUCUUUCACCCCCCCCCUUACACUCCGGAUCUUGCACCCAGUGAUUAUCAUUUGUUUCCAUUUAUCAUUUGUUCGAUGUAAAAGUUUAAAUGACGCAAAACGUGCUAUAAAUAGGUAGAUUCAGGAGACAUGGAAAAAGUUGUUUCAUUGUGAUAAAUAUAAUCAGUUGACAAAAUAAUCAAAAAUUAUAGCUAAAUUCACAACAUUUCAGAAAUGUCCCUCAUAAGAGGUGUUUUUUUUUUCGAUGUAUAGAACUUUAAGUUGCAAUAAAACAACGAUGGAUUGACAUGAAUUUUAUUUAUCCGAAAGAUAAUCUUGUGGCAUUACAUUUUAAAUAUGGUUUCUGGCAUAUGACCGCCACGGCUGGCGCCGAUGUAGUCCAAUCUGGACGUUCAAUUUUCGAUGACUUUUUCCAAUAUUUGUGGCCGUAUAUCGGCAAUAACACGGCGAAUGUUGUCAAACGUUUGUGGCUUAUCCGCAUGGACCAAUGACUUUACAUAGCCCCACAGAAAGUAGUCUAGCGGUAUUAAAUCACAAGAUCUUGGAGGCCAAUUCACAUUUCCAAAACGUGAAAUUAGGCGGUCACCAAACGUGUCUUUCAAUAAAUCGAUUGUGGCACGAGCUGUGUGACAUGUUGUGCCGUAUUGUUGAAACCACAUCUCCUGGACAUCAUGGUUAUUCAAUUCCGGAAUGAAAGAGUUAAUAAUCAUAGCUCUAUACCGAUCACCAUUGACUGUAACGUUCUGGCCAUCAUCGUUUUUGAAGAAGUACGGACCAAUGAUUCCACCAGCCCAUAAAGCACACCAAACAGUCAGUUUUUUUGGAUGUAACGGUGUUUCGACAUACACUUGAGGAUUAGCUUCACUCCAAAUGCGGCAGUUUUGUUUGUUGACGUAGCCAUUCAACCAGAAGUGCGCUUCAUCGCUAAACAAAAUUCGCUUAUGAAAAUCGGGAACAACGGCAAUCUCGUUUUGGGCCCAUUCGACGAAUCUACGCCUUACUUGAUGAUCGUUUGGCUUCAAUUCUUGUUGAAUUUUGUAAGCACGUAAACCAAGAUCCUUCCGCAAAAUCUUCCAUAAAGUGGAUGGACACAGAUCCAAUUCCUGUGCUCGACAACGGAUGGACUCAUUCGGGUCUUCCUCAAUGCUACGCUCUACAGCAGCAAUAGCUUCUUCUGUACGCACCGUACAGCGUCUCUGGGGAUGCGGGUUAUCAAUAAGAGUAAACGUGGUGCGAAAACGUUCCAUGGUUAAUCGAAUUAACUGCUCUGAUGGACAAUUUUGUCGACGAUAAGAUGGACGUAGUGCGCGAUGAGUAUUCCGCAUAGAAGAAUUAUUUUCGAAAUAAAAUUGCACUAUUUGCAAGCGUUGUUCAGGCGUGAGUCUAUUCAUUAUGAAUUGCCAAACCAAACUUGAGAAUAAAUCACUUGACAGCGGUUAAAUCGGUCGCCAUCUUGAAUGCCACCUUAAAGUUCUAUACAUCGAAAAAAAACACCCAUUAUUUAACACUAGUCAGAUUAAAGUUGACGUGCACGGUAUACACAAACACACAACAGAUAAUAUUUUACUCAUUUACAGGGUCAAUUAAAUAUUAGCAUGCGUGACGCAUAAUGUGAGAUAUCUACACGGAAUUUAAACCACUAUUUGUAUAGGAGGUACCGGAACGUGACGGUGACGGUUCAUUUAUUUUAACCCAAAACAUUCUCUUAUUGAAAAUUUUUAAUUUUUUGCCCAAAAAUGAUAUUUGUAAAUCAAUUUGCUAUUAAAAUGGACAAAAAAUACUGGGUUUGAAUUUAUUUGAAGUUUUGGGCACGCGCAUUCCAGAGGAAAUCAUGCCGCCAACUCUCUGUCAUUAAAGAGCUGAUAAAACAGAAAACUGUUAACUAACUAGAAAGAUAUUAAGCUAUCCACACCAAACAAUGCCUACGUCCAGAAAAAACUACGCACGGAGACAUGUACUUUUACGGAUCAUUCCUUACUUACAAACUCCAAUUCCGAUUGGUUUUGAGUAGCACCCCGAUGUGCAGGGUGUGGGAAUAGGAAGACGAGACAGUAGAACACAUUCUGUGCCUUAACCUCUCCUUUAGGCGUGAAGCCAUGCUUGGCGAAUCAUAUCCAUCCAAUACGGUAAUAAGGGAGACGAUUUUGGGAGCUGUCAUCGCCGACGUUUAUACACUAGGCUUAAUGUAAAGUAGAGGCAUGAGGAAGCACUGCUGAGGCCUAAGUGCUAUAGUGUAGGCGACUUGCACUGACUUACAUUGACUAUAAUUACAAGUGCAGACAAGCAACAAAUAAACCUAACCGAGUGUCAUUCUGACGGUUUUUUUUUCUUCGAAAUAUCAUUGAAAUUUUCAUUGGA